CGACCCCCACCCCCGGUUUCCCUGGAAUUCUAAUUCUAACUUUAUCGAUUUUAUUUCUGCCAAAGUGUUUUCGUUUGUACUUAUUGUUCUGGGCAUUUCCACAGCCCCACUUCUCUGGCUUCCUUUCGCUAUUCCCUCCCCCCUAGGUGCCUAGUCACCCCAGCUCAGUCCUUCCCCCUUCUCUCCGGCUGCGGGCCUGGGUGUCUCAGGGUUGCUUGUCAAUCAGAGCUGGUCGCGGGCCGCCCUGGCUCCCAGGAGCCGAGCAGGUUGUAAAGUCAUUAAUUACUCAGCCAUGCAGGUUUGCAUUGAAGCCACUGCCAGGCUGCCGCCUCGCCUCACAGCUCCGGGAGCUGUAGUCCAGGAUGGCCGCCCGCCUUCCUCUUGCCAAUUUCCACCGCCGUCUUCUCCUUCUCUUCCUCGUGGUGCUGUCCGGUAUUGGGCUUUCUCCGGCCGCCGCCACAGCCCUCAGAGCUAAGGAUAGUAGUGAGGUGUCUGAAGGCACCAUUGCCUGGAAUGAAGACAUCCUGAAAUGGUGGGGGGAAUGGAGCUCCUGGUCCACUUGCUCACGUACCUGUGGAGGAGGUGUAAUGUCUCGGGAGAGACACUGUCUUCAACAGAGGCUACUUACAUCUCAGGGGACAAGCAGCAUCAUGUGCACAGGCCAGUCCAAGGACUAUCACCUUUGCCACCAACAGCCUUGUCCAGCCAACUCAGACAGCUUUAAACAACAGCAGUGUGCCAUCUUCAAUGGCAAAGCCUUUGGCAAACACUACUACCACUGGAUCCCUCUUUACCCAGAUGAUUACAUUAGCAUCUCCAACAGACCAUGUGACCUCCAGUGUACCACCAAGGGUGGGGAGAGGCAGCUGAUGGUCCAAGCACAAGAUGGGACCUCCUGCAAGGACCGGAUGUACCAAGGUGUCUGCAUCAAUGGCCAGUGUGAGCCAGUCGGGUGUGACGGUAGCCUCCACUCCUUCCAGAUGAUGGACAGGUGCCGGGUUUGUGGCGGGAAUGGCAGCACAUGUCACCGAGUUUCAGGGAGCUUCCGAAAAGGGAUCUCACAGUUAGGUUAUGUAUUAGUCACCAAUAUUCCUGUUGGUGCCAUCGAUAUCCUUAUCAUCGAGCGCAGGAAGACGGAAAACAUCCUUGCACUGGCAGAUGAAGCUGGGCACUUCUUCUUCAAUGGGAACUCUAUUGUGGACCCUCCUCAGAACUUCCGAGUGGCUGGAACAGUGUUUAAGUACCGGCGUCCACCUAACCUGCACUCUGAAGGGCUAGAGUAUAUUAUUGCCCAGGGUCCCACCAAUCAGUCCUUGAAUGCCAUGUAUUAUAAUUUCAAUGGGAAGGUAUCUCACAUAUCUUACGACUUUACGGUGCCUCGGGAUCAGGUGCUAGCUCUCUACACAGCCACUCCAGCUUCAGAGUCUCCCCUCUCUGUCCAUGGCUCAGAUUCCUAUGGCCACCAGAGCCAGGAUUUGGAUUCACCUGAGCCUGGACCAACUGCUGACUUCAAUACCACUUGGGUGUCUGCCAAUUCCCCAAAGGAGGUGGAUGGCCAUAUCUCACUGGGAGGAGACACUGGGAAGCAUCACAGAAGCUUUGUCGACAGAAUUGGUGCUAAUCAGACUGGAGAUUUGGGCCAGUCUAUGGCCCCAGAAGAAGAGGAGAAACUUCAUUUCACUACCAUCAGGGAAAGAAAAACGGAGAUGACGGUUGUUGGUGGAGAAUUAGACUUCACCCUCCAAUGGAGCCAGGUUUCCACCAGCACUGCCAUUCCGUACUCUAUGAGUGGUCGGGGUAUCCUGGAGAGGGGACAGGCUGGGAUGACCCAAUUGCAUGUCUUUCGGAAGUUGUGUCACCGGGAUUCCUGGAGGUCUUCCUUCUGCCGAAAACUGCAGCAACUUACCCCUCCAGGGGUUAGGAGGAACUCAGCCCUAGAGCCAGAGAUCCAGUCAACCAGAGGCUGGCAGAAAGGAUUACCCCCAAUUCCCACCGCCAAGACCUUUCUAGAAGACUUGCUAAAGGCUGAGGCAGGAAGCAAACAAAAGGAGGAGAUGGUUUCUACAAGCCCUACCUUGGUAGCUGCUGAACAGAGCCCUCCAUCUGAUGUGAGCGUCCAGUUCGGCUUGGGCCUUGACCUUCAGGCACAGCCCCUCCAGUCUCCUGGCAUGGAGAGCAAUGAUUUUAACGUGAGUCCUCUCGGGCAUGAUGACAUCAGCCGGGCUGAUAUGUAUCGCUGGAAGGUCUCUGCCCAGGCGCCCUGCAGCUCCACCUGUACUUCAGGUAUCAGUGCCUCCUAUGCCAUGUGUGUACGUUAUGAUGGAGUAGAAGUGGAAGAGGCUUACUGUGAUGCGUUGACCCGACCAGAGCCUGCCUAUGAGCUCUGCACAGGGAGGGAUUGCCAGCCCAGGUGGGAGACAAAUCGAUGGAGUGAGUGUUCGAGGACUUGCGGUGAGGGGCACCAGGCCCGUACGGUCCGAUGCUGGAGGAUGCUGGCCCCUGGCUUUGACAGCUCGGUCUAUGAUGAGUUAUGUGUGGCAGCAGGGUUGGCACGGCCAGUGGAAAAGAAAGCCUGCAGGAACAAGGCUUGUGGUCCCCAGUGGGAACUCUCUGAAUGGUCUGAGUGCUCAGCUCGAUGUGGUGGUCAAGGGACCAUGAGGAGAGAGGUGCGCUGCUCAGUGGGGUUGUCACCAUGUAAUGAGGCCAUGAAGCCAGCUAGUGAGAAGGAGUGCCUGGGGCCACCCUGUGAUCGGCAGUGGACUGCUUCUGACUGGGGACCGUGCUCAGGUGCCUGUGGUGAGGGACGGAUGAGCCGAAUCAUCUCAUGUCGAAACCUGGAGGGGAAGGUGAUCUCGGGUUCUCAGUGUGACCCCACCACAAAACCACUGGCUGUUUACCCUUGUGGAGGCUGGAACUGCCCUGCCCAUUGGGUGGAACAAGGGUGGGAACAGUGCAAUGCCAGCUGUGGCCGAGGGGUAAAGGUCCGGAGGGUGCUAUGUGCAGGACUGGAGAAUGGAGUAUACCGUGAGUACCCUGAAGGGCACUGUGAUAUUUCCCAGAAACCUGAGGUACAGGCACCUUGUUUCAAGAGACCCUGUUCCAUCUGGUUCACCACAGCCUGGUCUCAGUGCAGUAAGACUUGUGGUGUGGGACUGAGGCUACGAGAGGUCAAAUGUUACCAAGGAGAGGAAUUGGGCCAGGGAUGUGAUCCCACAUCCAAACCUGAGGCCAAGCAGACAUGCCAGAUCCAGCCAUGUCCUACGGAGUUGCCAGAUGAAGACUGUGAGGACAAAGCCACAGCCAACUGUGCCCUGGUGCUGAAGGUGAAGCUGUGCACACAUUGGUACUAUCGAAAAGCUUGUUGUGGAGCCUGCCGCAGUAAAGCUCCCUGAUUUUCCAGAGGGCUAAACAAUGACCCAUUUCUUGCCAGGUGGUGGGUGUGAAAGGAAGGACACAUUUUCUAGGAUCAUAGAGCAUAGCUUUAGAGCUGGAAGAAACCUUCGAAGCCAAUCCCCUCAUUUUACAGAUGAGGAAACUGAGGCAUAUGACUUGCCCAGGAGAUUUGAACCUAGCUUUCCUUGACUUCAAGCCUGGUACCCUAAGUACUAUACUGUAUUGCCUCACAAACCCUGCUUCCUCUAAUUUCUUAACUAGAAAGAUCCUGGAGGCAUCUAUCUCCUUUCCUGCCAUCUUCCCUGAUAGGCUACCUGUCUGUUAAUCUGUUCCGAGAGCCCCUCUUUCCAAGGAUCUUGUUCUCUUCCCUUUCCAUCCACACCUUGGAAAUAAUGAAACUGUAUUAUUCCAUUCCCCUGGGCACUAACUGGAGUGGUGACUAUGGCCUGGAGCCACAGAGGUAGAAACACAAUAAUUGACAAGUGGAAAGAUCUACCCCUUGCUGCUCCUCGCCUCCUCGCCACCAUUCCACAGCCUUUGUACCCUCUUGUUGCAAGCUCAGUUACACAUUUUAAAGGUCCCAUUUCAUAAUUAAACAAUGGAUUUCA